AUGGAUGAUUAUCAUACCAAACACUUAGUCAUCGAUAAACCAUGCUGUAGUAAUACUGGUGACAAUUCUGGCCCUUCUAUUCAAAAUCCUAUUUACAAUUAUUCCUUCGACGAACAUGCCAAAUUAACUUAUCAGUAUUUUCAAACAAGCAAACAAUUGAAUAGGUUUUCUGAUGUCUCCGUGGAAUGUAGUGGAAAGUUUUUGACAAAUGCCAACAGGCUAGUUUUGGCUGCGUUCAGUACUCACUUAGAGGCUGCACUAAUAUCAGCUCCAACUUCUUUUGUUAGUUUAGAUAUUGAUCCAAAAGUUACAGGUGUUGAUAGAACUGAGCUUGUAGAGAUAAUAGAUUUCAUGUAUUCUGGAAAAUGUAUAGCAUCUGAAAGAUUAUUAAACGCUGCUCACAGUUUGGGGUGUGAAUCCCUUUUACAGAUUCUGAACGGCGCUGCUGAAAGUUCUGAAGUUUCCGAUGAUCAGCACGCUGCUAAUUUUCAAAAGAAUUUACAACGUUUCCGCAGGGAUAACUAUUUCCUCGACUGUAAUGUUAACACGAUUAAUAAGGGAUUAAUAAGAUGCCAUAGAGCAGUAGUCUCUGCUCAUAGUGUUCAUUUUGAACGAGCAUUAUUAAAUACUCGUCAAAAUACUCAGGUCACGUUGAACAUUGAUUCCAAUGAUAUGAAAGUAUCCGGGUUAGAUAUAAAGAAUAUUAUGGAAUAUGUUUAUCUUGGGAUUCUGCGAGGACAGCGACGCAGAUUCCAAAUGUUAAAAAUAUCCGCUGCUAAUUUAGGAAUAACAAGGCUUGUAGAUAUGAUCAACAGUUUAUUAAUGUAUGAAGAAGAUAUAAUAGGACAUAACGAAGCCGAUUCUCAAUUUGAAGCAGAAGAGCUCAUAAAUUUUGAUCGAUCUUCUCAAGAGCGUGAUGGCGUAGUCAAUGAAGAAGAUUAUGAAGAAGAAUUUGAUAAUCUUGAAGAAGGCUUCGAAUCCUCUAUGGAUGAUUUCACGACUCAGGCCACUGAAGAUUACAUCUCGAUUUACCAAGAGUAUGUAAUGGGGCCGGGAAGAGGAAGACGUGGUGGAGGCACUUAUGGUUUUAACAAAAAUCAACCAUUAUUAAUUAAAGGCUCAACUGUUGUUAGCAUUCCUGAAUCAACGUCAAACGGAAGCUCUUCUGAAGUGAAGCAUGUUCCUGCUGUUCUAAUGACUUGCGCACCACGUGGACAGAGAAAACGGAGAAUGUUUGAUCAAUAUGGAUACGGUUUGCCUGAAAUUGUUGGAUCGAACGAUGUUGCUGUGCCAUUACUUGUAGGAAACCAAAAGGAGAUGAUGGAACGGCCUUUUAAGUGCCCACACUGCGAUCAUCGCACACGCGAGAAGAGUGGAAUAAGUAAGCAUAUAAGGUGUAUGCAUACGGGGGAAGCUCCUUACAAAUGUAGAUACUGUAGUCAGUCUUUUAAAGUUCAAAGUAACUUAGUGAGACAUAUUCGAGCUCAUACUGGAGAGAAGCCUUACGCUUGUAAAAAAUGUGGAAUUUCUUAUGCAGACAAGAAAAAUAUGGAUGCCCAUGUAUAUCGAGAACAUCUCAAAACCCAACCUCUUAAGUGCCAUUAUGCUAGCUGUGGUAAAAAGUUUUGGAGACAUGAUAGGUUUGCUCAUCAUUGUUUACAUGACCAUGGAGAGAUACCUCAGUUGCUGGAUCAGUCUUGA